AUGAAAUUUUUAUGCGUUGUCAAGUCAAACAUUGAAAGAGAUUUAUUAAAAACAAACGACGAAAUAAGACGAUCUGUUCGUGCUUUACCCCCUCAAUCAAAUUGUGAUAUCGAUUUAAAGGCAUUUGCAACUGACGCUGAAUUAAGAAAAUGGUUUGAAUUAUUAUUGGCAUUGCCUUGUGAUGGCGAUGAAAAAUCGAACGAGCCAACAAUAUGCAAAGAAGCAUCGAAAGCUCUUGUCUACAUCAUCGACCAAAAGACAUCGUCAUUCGCCGAAAAAUUAUCUUUUAUCGAUAAAUAUAUCGUCGAAAAUAAACAUCCUGCAUUAAUUUAG